GAGGAAAUGCGUGACUUGUGUGUUCUAAGUUUGAUCGCAUGUUGGAGUAUAGCCCUAAUCUCCACAAAGCCAAUUAACGAAUCAGCUGAUCGGGAAGAAGUUAAACCGCUCAAUAAAACUGAAAUAGCUAAAAUGAUUGAAGAACUACAGUUACUGGAAAAAUUAGCCAAUGAAACAUAUUAUUCAUCAGAUCCCACUACUAAGGAGACAUAUUUAAGCAAAGAUCCAGAAGCAGAUGAAACUAUAGAUCCAACUGGAGAGGAAACAAAAAAGGCAAAUGUUGAGACUGGAGAAGAUGGAGAGUUCUUUAUGGUGGAGGACGAUGAAGAGGAAGAUGAAGCCACUGUGGACAGACCCACUGAAUCACAAAAUUUGAAUUUUCUCCGAUAUCCCAAACAUGAGCCCGACUUCAAGGCUUAUCCACGUUUUGCCAUCCUCCGAAAUGGCUAUGUUCAUCACAUGAAUUUGGAUUUUUAGUGUACGCAUUGAA